GAGGGAGAAAAAGGGUGAGGGCAUGUUCAGACGACAGAAACUGUCUGCUCUUCUGUCAGCCUGCAGCUCCUGCAAGAACCUGAGCUGGAAUCAAAUCUGAAUUCAUGCUAAAAUGAAGCUGCAAAAAGAAACCUGUAAAAAUAAAUACAAAUUGAGCCAAAACCAGCGUCCAGGAGGUGGCAGACGGCUCCAGCUCUGACUGGGACAGAGCGACGCCCCCUCGCGCGCGCCCUUUAUACUGAAGCUGUUUUUGGAGCGCGGUGGGCGUGGCCAGGGGGGCCCCCGCGCGCAGAGGGCCGUACUUAUUCAGACAAACAACCUGAACGGCUCAUCAUUCUGCUCUCAUCCUGACGGAGGGACACCAGCGGCGACCAUGGAGUACCUGUAUGAAAGCAUCGUUUUCGACAACAGCUCUGAAAUCAUCUUGGAAGGUUCUGGAGACUUUGAGUUCAUAGAGGAGCCGUGUGGAGAGGCCCUCAGCAGAGACUUCAAGAGGAUCUUCCUCCCCACCGUUUAUGGAGUAAUAUUCGUCCUUGGAAUCAUUGGGAAUGGAUUGGUUGUUGUUGUCAUGGGAUACCAGAAGAAAGUCAAGAACAUGACUGACAAGUACCGGCUGCACCUGUCCGUGGCCGACCUGCUGCUGGUCCUCACUCUGCCUUUCUGGGCGGUGGAUGCUGUGAAAACCUGGUACUUUGGCGGCUUCGUCUGCGUGUCGGCGCACGUGAUCUACACCGUCAACCUGUACAGCAGCGUGCUGAUCCUGGCCUUCAUCAGCCUGGACCGGUACCUGGCCAUCGUCCGGGCCACCAACAGCCAGGCCACCCGGAAGCUGCUGGCGAGCAGGGUGAUCUACGUGGGCGUGUGGCUGCCCGCCGCCUUCCUCACCAUCCCCGACCUGGUGUUCGCCCGGGUGAAGAACGUCUCCUCCUCCAGUUUCAGCUUCAGGAACGACAGCGUGGAGAUGGAGGACCCCAGGACGAUCUGUGAGCGCUUCUACCCGGUGGAGAGCCGCGUGGUGUGGACGGUCAUCUUCCGCUUCCAGCACAUCCUGGUGGGCUUCAUCCUGCCCGGACUCGUCAUCCUCGUCUGCUAUUGCAUCAUCAUCGCCAAGCUGUCCAAAGGCGCCAAGGCCCAGACGCUGAAGAAACGGGCUCUGAAGACCACAGUCAUCCUCAUCCUGUGCUUCUUCUGCUGCUGGCUGCCGUACUGCGUGGGCAUCUUCCUGGACACCCUCAUGAUGCUGAACGUGGUCCGCUCCACCUGCGAGCUGCAGCAGGCGGUGGACAAGUGGAUUUCUAUCACCGAGGCGCUGGCGUACUUCCACUGCUGCCUGAACCCCAUCCUGUACGCCUUCCUGGGAGUGAAGUUUAAGAAAACGGCGCGCAGCACGUUGACGAUGAGCAGCAAAUCCAGCCAGAAAGUGACUCUCAUGAACAAAAAGCGGGGGCAGGUUUCCUCUGUGUCGACUGAAUCCGAGUCUUCCAGUGUUUUGUCGAGUUAACUCCACGAGGAAAUCUGGGAUUUUACGGAGAAAAAUCUAAGCUUACAAGAACUUACUACAUUUUGUACAAAUGUAAAAAAAGAGGUUUUUACAUGUCCUGAAAACUGCAUGUGGAUUUUGAAGCAAUUAUUGUGGUUUACUCAGUUUGUGCUCAAUCAGUUUUUCAACGUCGAUCCGUUACUGCUGUUCAGAGUCGGUGGAGUUUCCUGAACCAGCCUGUAAAUAGUCCGUAGCAUGUGUGUGUGUGUGUGUGUGUGUGUUCGCUCUUAGGUGUUUGAUUGUCCUAAAGUUAUUUAUUGUCAUCACACUGGAUGAUUGUAAAAUAAAAACUGUUAGCUGCUUUUUUUAAAGUGUUUUUUAAAUGUAAAAAUAAAAGUGAAAAGUUCUUCUCA